AUGUCUUUUUGUUUCAAAAUGUUUCUGCAAUUACCUAAAAGUCAACUUAGUUUCGUGGAAAAAUGGCCGCUAAUGAAUCCAAAUGACAUAGCGUUUAUCAUUGUAACGUAUUUUGCAUUCAUUCUCAAAAUAGGUCCGCUUUUGAUGGAAAAGCGUCCACCGUACAAAUUAAAUACGUUUCUCGUAUUUUAUAACUUAGUUAAAGUAAUAAAUUCAGCUUUUUUAACGUAUAAGUUUCUCUGUUAUAGUAUCGACAAAGGAUUAUUUCCGAGAAAAUGUUUAUAUGACGAUCAUACCGUUUUUAUAAUUGCGGCUUUGUAUUGGAAGUACUUGGCAACAAAAAUUUUGGAUCUUGUAGAUACAAUAAUAUUCGUGGUAAGAAAGAAAAACAACCAAAUAACAUUUUUACACGUCUAUCACCACGUGUUCAUGGUGCUCAUGACAUGGUGCACUCUGAAAUAUGACCCCUCGGACCAUUGGGCUUUUAUGGCGAUCGCAAAUUGUAUAAUACACACUGUUAUGUACACUUAUUAUGGGGUAUCCGCUUUAGGUCCGCGCUAUGCAAAAUAUCUUUGGUGGAAGAAAUACCUUACGAUAAUGCAAAUAAUUCAAUUCGUUCUCGUCUUUACUCACGUGGUUAUUCAAACGUACACUUCGCAGUGUCCUAUGAGCACAAUUACGUAUUGGGUCGGAAUCUCCAAUCUUACGCUUUUCACGUGCCUCUUCAUCGACUUCUAUAAUAAGAGGUACAAAGCAAAAGUGAAGAACAUUGCCCUCUCCUGCACGGGACAGAUCUUUGAUUAG